CGUCAUAAUCAAUGUAUUUUAAAACUAUUAUUUUUCUCUGGCUGCUAUUUCUGUUGCACUGUAUCACCGAGGUAGGGGGACUUAAUUUGCAGUGAAACAAUGGAGGUACGUAACACUGGAAAUGUUUGGAUAUAUGUGUCUGCGGUUUUUGUUUACGUUUCAGUCCUUAACUCAGUCAUCGCCGUUACUCAUUAUUCUGUCCCCGAAGAAUUGGAAGAAGGAUCUGUUGUCUCAAAUUUAGCGUCUGAUUUAGGCUUAGACGUGAAGACUCUUAGUAGGCGGAACGUGAGACUGGAGGUAGUAUCCAAUAAGAGAUAUCUGGAUGUGAACAAAGAAACAGGUGAACUUUACAUCGUAGAGAGGGUUGAUAGAGAAUAUCUAUGUGCGGUUAAGACACCAACAUGUUAUCUGAAAAUGGAGGCUAUCCUGGAAAACCCACAGAGGAUAUUUUAUAUCGAAAUUGAAAUCACAGACAUAAAUGACAACGCUCCCCAUUUUCGAAGAGAUACCAUUAACCUGGACAUUAUGGAGUCAACCCCGGCUGGUGAGAGAUUCUCUGUUAAUAAUGCCGUUGACCCGGAUCUUGGCUCGAAUUCUGUAAAAACUUACCUUUUGAGUGAAAAUGAACAUUUUGAUAUAGAAAUCCAGACCGGAAGAGACGGUUCAAAAUUUGCCGAUUUAAUACUAAAGAAGACUUUAGAUCGAGAAAAGCAGGCUGUUCAUUAUUUAAUACUCACUGCUGUAGAUGGCGGCGUUCCCACGCGCACCGGUACAGCAAGUAUCAUUGUUCGAGUGCUGGACACUAAUGACAACGCCCCAACCUUUGACAAAGACAAUUACAACAUUAACAUUAUGGAGAAUUCACCUAUUGGAAAUCUCGUGAUUCAGCUGAAUGCUACAGACUUAGACGAGGGUAGAAAUGCAGAGAUCGAAUAUACAUAUAGUCUGUACACGUCAGAGAAAACGCAGGAAACAUUUAAACUGAAUCCUUCUACCGGUGAAAUAACAGUCAAAGGAAUGCUGAAUUAUGAGGAUUUGACGAUUUUUGAUAUGGAGGUAAUAGCAACGGAUAAAGGAGCUAACAGCUUAUCAGGGCUGUGUAAAUUAAAGAUUUUAGUGGAAGACAUGAAUGAUAAUCACCCAGAAAUAUCAAUUAAAUCAUUUCAAAGCCCAAUCAAAGAAAGUGCAGAUGUGAACAUGGUGAUUGCAGUUGUUAGUGUUAAUGAUAAAGACUCAGGUGAUAAUGGAAUAGUCGAUAUAAGUAUUCCUGGUAAUAUACCUUUUCAGCUGAGAAAAUCAUCAGACAACUAUUAUGAAUUGAUUGUCUCAGAGCCACUGGACCGUGAAAAGGUUCCAGUAUAUGACAUCACAUUUACUGUCACAGACAGAGGUAUCCCUCCGUUGUCUGACAAUGAAACUAUGACUUUAGAGCUGCUGGAUGUUAAUGACAAUGUUCCUCAGUUCCCUCAGUCCUUCUAUACUAUACGUGUAAUAGAGAAUAACGCCCCUGGAGCCUUGUUGAGUUCCCUCACUGCGUUUGACCCAGACCUCCAUGAAAAUCAGUAUCUAGUUUAUUUUAUCAUAGAGAAGGAGAUCGCCAACACCUCCAUGUCCAUGCUGUUCUCCAUCAAUCCAGAGAACGGUAAUCUGUACGCACUCAAGACGUUUGACUACGAGAUGGAGAAAGAGUUUCUUUUCCACAUUGAGGCCAGAGACUCUGGUGUUCCUCCACUCAGCAGUAACGUGACCAUCCACAUCAUUAUUGUGGACCAGAACGACAACACUCCUGUCAUUGUCUCUCCGUGGCGUGCGCACGGCUCAGUGGUGGAGGAGAAGAUCCCCAGAUCCACGGAUAAAGGCUCUCUGGUUGCCAAGGUGAUAGCCAUAGACACUGACUCGGUGCUGAACUCUCGGAUUAUAUACCAGUUUCUGCAGGUGACUGACGCCACCCUAUUCAGUCUGGACCAAUACAACGGAGAGAUCCGGACCAUGAGGAUGUUCAGUUACAGAGAUCCACGUCACCAGCGUCUGGUUGUUGUUGCCAAGGACAACGGGGAGCCUGCGCUCUCUGCCACAGUCACCAUCAAGCUGUCCACAGUGGAGACUGCUGUCAAGGCCUACUCUGACAUGACUGAAGUGCCUCUGGAAUAUGACAUCUUUUCGGACUUAAACCUGUAUUUGGUCAUCGGUCUGGGCUCGGUGUCAUUUCUGCUCUUGAUCACCAUAUUGGUCACCAUCGUGCUGAAGUGUCAGAAACCCAAGGCCAGCAAAGCGGCUCCUCCCUGUAGGAACAGUGUGAUCAGUGAGAGAAACUCGACCAUCGCAGACUCCACCCUGGUCUCCAACGAUGCCUACUGGUACAGUCUGUUUCUAGCGGAGACCAGGAAGGGAAAGCUGGUGGUUCGACAGCCUCUGCCAAAGGGCUCCAGGUACAUUGUGUCCAGUAUACCAAGGAGCACAGGGCUCACAGAGACUAGUGACUCGGCAGCCUCUACUCUGCAGGUGAGACAAGAAUAUCUUAAUCUCAUAACCCCAAAAGCACUGCGUCAUACUGACUACGGAUGA